AAGUAGUUAACAAACAGCAAAACACGUUGCACUCGUGUGGCGUGGAUUGCACUGCUCAGUUUGGACAUGUCUGUUGAGAUGGUGGAGGUGUCAGUGAAAGCACCAGAGCCGACCCGGCCCGCCGGAGUCCUGCAGCAGAACCGGGUCUUCCUCGAUUUCUUCUGGGACUUGGCUAAACCGGAUCAGGAGGUUCGAUUAAAGGCGGUACAGAAUCUGAUCCAGUAUCUUAAAAACAACAACAAGGCUGAUGAGUUGGAGUACACGUUGAAGAGGCUAGUGGAUGGACUGUCUCAUGGCAGAGAGGCAGCGAGGCCUGGCUUCAGUCUGGCUCUGGGACAGGUCCUGAGUGCGUUUAUAGAUAUAUCUCUGCAUUCAACACUGGAGAGAAUCAAAGAGAAGCACAACCUGCAGACAGUGAAGAAGAAACUCCUCAGAAAUGCAGUGUUUGGGAAUUUGUUUGGCAUCCUCAGCCUACAUCAGUCUGGCCGCCUCUCUACAGAGCCCCAGGUGGUGCUGGGAUGUGUGCAACUCCUUCAGCAUCUGAGCCAGUACAGACAACACCUGAAGGACCUGCCCAACAAGACCAUGAUGGAAAUCUUGAAUGAGGUUCCAGGGGAGGUGUUUGAGGAGGUUCUGCUGGAGGCCCUGCAGACUGACUUGGCCUCUGCCUUCAGAACUCCAGAGCAGCUGCAGUUGCUGCUGGUGGCUCUGCAGCGCUUCCCACAGACGUUAAAACCCAAAAAACUCAAGAAGCUUCUUGGCUCAUCAACUGUCAUCAAUGCUGACAACGUCCCCAGGCUCAUUGAGGUGUUGAAGAUGGCUGCCCGCUCAGUCAAAAAGGACUGUGUGCUCCCAGCUGUGGGCCUGGACCUUCUGAAGCUGUCUCUGAAGGAGGACAGCUUCCACCUAUUCUGGACUGAAGUAAUCACAAAAGCGAUGUUCAAAGAGCAAGCCGGCCCAACGCACUACCUCAGCUUUCGGCUGCUGGGUGCUGCCCUACCAUUCCUAUCUGUGGACCAGCUGCGGGACGUCUUAUCUGGAGAUGUGAUGAUGCACUAUGGGGAGCAUGUAUUGUCUGCUCAGCAAUCAAACCGCUUCAAACUGUCCCCUGAGAUGGACGUAUACGUGUCGGACUUCCUGCAGGGCUGUGAGGACCCUGACAAGCAACUGGCUGUGAUGGUGGGCUUCUCGUCCCUGUCUAACCAAGGUUAUCCUGUGGUGCCAUCAGUGUGGAGGGUGGUGCAGCACCUGCAGCCAGCUACUCUUCACACAUAUGUGGAUUGGCUUCAGAGUAUGUUCCUGCAGCCAGAGCUUGAUAAACUGCUAGACUUCAGCACCCGCAAGCAAAAAGACAGUCAAGGAUGCCAGGAGAAUUCCAUAUUUCGUCUGAGGAAAUGGAUUGUUGCGCGACUCUCAUCACUUAUUGACAACCAUCAGGUGAAGAAGCCAGAAGGGCUGAUCAUGGGCGUGGCCAGGUUCAUCUUUUUCCAUGGUUUCUUCAUCACUAAGAAGGCAUGUGCAGAUAUUCCAGAGAGUGCAGGGAUUCUGUCAGCACCUUUAGAUGACAGAACCAGAGUGGUCCUUGUCAAUUCAUUUUUUGGACUGCUGAUGUCCCUGCACCACCUACCUCUCCUCGAUGAUUCUGCUGACAAGGUGGCCGCUAACCAUAAGCGGCCGUCGGGUGUGACAGCCGAUGGAACCAUGUGGAUCUACCACCUGGUCCAGUAUGCCAAAGUCCUGUUGAGUUGGUCCAAAUGUGUGGAGAGUCGGCAGCCGUUGAGCGCUGAGCAGAGACAAGCUUGGGACACGAUGCUUGAAUCAGUGGAAAGCCUGAAAAGGAAAAUGAAGAAAGGGCAGACAGCAGAGAACAGUGCUUUUCAGCAACUCUUCUUAUUGGUUGGCAUGCACUUCUUCAAGGCUCCUGAAGAGCUUCUGGAUGUGCUGAAGGACCUGCAGAGCUGUGUGGACAGAGCACAGGAGAAAAAGUCAAAGAAGCAGAAGAAGCAGCGAGCCACAGGACAGGAGAAAGAGCCUGAUUGGGUGGAAGUGAUGGUGGAUAUCCUGUUGUCCCUGCUCUCCCAGCCGAGCCGACACAUGAGACAGGUCUGCAAGACGGUCUUCUCUUCCAUAUGCCCUUAUGUGACUGCUGAUGCACUCACUGCCAUUUUAGAUGUUCUUGACCCAGAAAAGAGUGAGGAAGACAGUGCUGUGGUUGUCACUGAAGACAAUGACACCAAGAAGAAGAUGCCAAAAGGGGAUGACGAAGAAGAGGAUGUGCAGAUGGAGAUUGAUCAAACAGAUAAUGACUCUGUUGAGGAGGAGGAGGUUGAUGAUGACGACAAUGACGAUGAUGACGAUGAUGAUGCUGACGACUCCAUGGAAGAAGAUGAAGAAGAGGAGGAGGGCGAGGUUGACCAGAACUUCCGUUUGGAAUUGAUGAAGGUUUUGCAACAGCAAAAUGCUUUGGCCACAGAGGAGAAUGGCAGUGAUGAUGAUGAAGAGCUGGAUGAUGAAGCCAUGAUGAAGCUGGAUCAGAGUCUGUCAGCUCUGUUCUCAGAGCAGAAAAAGAAGACACAAGCCAAGAGGGAUGAAAAGAGCAAAAUUCAGAAAGAGAGGACGCUACUCAGAGAGUUUAAGAUCAAGGUAUUGGACCUAGUGGAGGUAUUUGUGACAAGGCAGGCUGGCAGUCCUCUGGUUCUGAGUUUGGUGGAACCUCUGCUCACCCUCAUUGACAAAGGGAUGAGCUCUGACAGCAACCAGCAAGAGCAGGACUUCCUGCGCAGAGCUGCAGAUAUCUUCAGGAACCAGCUAUGCAGAUCUAAGGUGUACUGUAAGACUGCUGCCAACAGACAGGGGGAGCUCCACGACCUGCUGGAAAAACUGCUGACCAAAUCCCAGAAGAUGUCUGACUCCUCAGUGUGCCUCUACUACUUCAGUGCCUCACUAUAUCUGGUGAAAGUCUUGCGAGGAAUCCCCCCUACUGAGGCCAAAGAAGAGCACACAUCAGCUGACUUGAGGUUCAUGGGCAAUGUGGAUGUGCCUCGUGUGUCCGGUCUCUUCAGAGAUGCCCUGAACUCAUUCAUGACCAGGAGGAAGAGUUCACUGAGCACUAAGAUGUUCACCGACCUGUUCAACAGGUUCCCAGUAUUGUGUGUGAACCUGUUGGAUACAGCAGUGCAGUACAUCACAGCUGGGCUCAGAGAACACCAACAGGGUCAGGCGUGUGUGUUGGUGCUGCAGGCAUUGCAGAGCAAAGAGGUCCAGCAACUGCUUGGCGGAGAUCAGUGGACUGAGCUCUGUGUGCAGGUCACAAGUCAAAUCACAACAAGUCUCCAGCACUUCCGUUACACUGAAAGCAAGGUGGGGAAGGAGAGGCUGCUGAAGAUUCUGGAACUCUGUCAUUUUGUGCUCAAGCACAGUCAACAGCAGAAGCUUUCUCUGGACCUGCAGCCCAUUCAGAAUGUCCUACAACCUUUGACUGAAGUCAUCACUUUCAAGAAGACCGGCAAAGUGGAGGACACCUACUGGGCUGUAAUGAAAUACUUUGGAGUCAUGAAACCCAAAACUGACAAGACAAAGUGUGACAAGGAAGUCAACCAGCAAACUGUUCCUAAGAAGAAGAAAGGCUUUCUACCAGAAACUAAAAAGCGGAAAAAACGUAAGGCAACUCCUACAGAGGCAGCAGGAGACACUUCAAGUAGUACAGGUGGACAAAAAGGACAAACAAAAAAGGACAAGACCACAAAAAAAAAACAUCAGGUUGGAGGAGCAAUGGCUUCUCAGGCCAGCCCUGCCAAAAAGAGCAAGAUACAGUCCAACAAUGAGCUAGCCAAGACAGUGGAGAAGAAGAAAAAGAAGAGCAAACAGAAGAAAGAAGCACACUAGUGAAAUGGGCUAUGAACACUUUUGUUUUCCAUUUGUUUCUGUUUUCCAUAUAGUUGAUGUCUGACAGCGAUACAUGACUUUGUUUCAGUUUGACAAAUUUCUAUGUUGUGAACUGCAGAUUAGAUUAAUUACUACAAAUUUUUAAUCUAUGACUGCUUUGUUUCUGCAUUUCUAUAACUGAAUAAAUAUACCUUCCAGGAAAUGCA